AGUGGGUUUAGCUUUUCGGAGAGGAAAGAGAAAGACGGCAAAAGAAACAAGGCAUACAUAGACGAGGGUUUACAAUGAGCAAAGGGGAAGAUUACAUAAGAACCUUGCAUUUGACUCGCAAUUUUAUGUAUCAUUUUCCCCAAAUUAGUGGCUUCGUGAUCUUAUAGUCAAAACCUUACAAUUUGUUAUGAAGAUUUGAUUUAAGGAAUUUGUUUUUUCACUAUCUGAUCAUUAGUUGAUAAUGGAGGCAUUGACGGAGCUAUGCGAUUUGAUCGCGCAGAACCCUAAUCAGUUUUCCGACAAAAUUGCUUGGAUUUGCAGCCGGUGUCCUCCGUCGGAGUCUCUCCUAUCCGGAUCUCCGAGAAUUUCACGUUCUCAGCUCAAUGCGGUUCUUGUAACAGCCCGAUUCAUCUCCAAAUGCGGCAAUUACAGUGAUACUCGUCCCCGAACGAUUGCUCUUGAGUUCAUAAGAGCAAUUCCAGCUUCCUUUGAACAAUCAUUCUGGCCAAAAUCGUUCGGGAACUCUUCGAUUGCUUCUUUUUAUGCAGAAUUCUUCGGGUAUGUUUGCAAAGCAGCUGAACUGUAUCCAGAGUUCGACUCUGAUGUGGCAAGGUUCAUGGGAGACAUUGUUUUUGUUGCUGUUAAUGAUAGAUAUGGUGAUGUAGCGAUUUCCAAGGCCUUUCUGAGCGCUUUAUCUGAGAGUUUCCCUCCUAUUAUCCCAUCAGAUGCAAAUAAAUUAGUUACUUCUUUACUUGAUGGCCUAGACUUUGCUCUUCCAAGCAGCAGUUCUCCUAAAGCUAUAAUGGGAUCCAAUUCUUCUUCACAGAGCUCUCCAGUUAGUGUUAGCAACGUUGCUGCGUCCAGUUCAUCUAAUGGCGGUGUAGAUGAUGCCAAUUCAAAGGCUAUAGUUACCAACGGGGGAACCAAUGGUGGAUGGGCGACAAUAGGGACUCCCUCUGGUAGUGAUAGGAGGGGGGCCGCUUACUUUGAAGAGGAAUUGGUGGAGAAUCUUGAGAAACAGGAGAUUGCCUUCAAAUUAAUCGGACAUAUUCUUGAUAAAACACAGAUUGAUCCCAAGCUUUUGGAACGGCUGCACAUCAUUACAAAGGAUCAACUCAAAUCAAUUUCAUCUUUUCUAAAGAUAAGGAAGCGCGAUUGGUCGGAGCAGGGCUCAGCACUGAAGGCUAGAAUCAAUACAAAACUUUCAGUAUACAAAGCUGCAGUUAAGUUGAAAGUCAGAAGUCUUGCAUCCCUUGAUUCAGAUGGGAAAUCAGCAAAGAAGUUAUUGCAUGGAGCUUUGGCCUUGUUAGUAGAAGCAGCAGAAGCUUGUGUAUAUUCAGUGUGGCGCAAGCUGCGAAUUUGUGAAGAUCUUUUCAGUUCGUUGCUUGAUGGUAUCUCUAAAAUUGCUGUUACACGUGGAGGUCAUCUACUACGGGUUCUGUUUAUACGGUUUAAACCCCUUGUGCUAACUACAUGUGCUCAAGCUGAUACUUGGGCAAGCAGCCAGGGAGCUAUGUUUGAGAGUGUCUUGAAGGCAAGCUGUGAGAUUAUCGACUAUGGAUGGACCAAGGAUCGAGCUCCUGUGGAUACAUUUAUUAUGGGACUUGCUACAAGUAUUCGUGAGCGCAAUGACUAUGAGGAAGAGGAUAAUGCCAAAGAGAAGCAGGCAGUUCCUAUUGUACAGCUCAAUGUCAUCCGGUUGCUUGCAGAGUUAAAUGUACAAGUUAAAAAAACUGAAGUGGUUGACACUAUCUUGCCACUUUUCAUUGAAAGUUUGGAGGAGGGUGAUGCUUCAACACCUGGCUUAUUACGUCUGCGACUUCUUGAUGCUGUUUCUCGCAUUGCAAGUUUAGGUUUUGAGAAGUCUUAUCGUGAAGCUGUUGUGUUAAUGAUAAGAAGUUACUUAAGUAAACUUUCCACCAUUGGAUCUGCUGAAAGCAGGACCUUGCCACCAGAGGCGAAUACAGAACGUGUUGAGACUCUUCCUGCAGGAUUUCAAUCCAUAGCUAAAGGCCUUACCAAUGAAAAACUUCGUGUUGACUUUCGUCAUCGCCUGCUGUCUUUAUGCUCAGAUGUAGGUUUAGCUGCUGAGUCCAAAAGUGGAAGUAGUGGUGCUGAUUUUCUUGGGCCUUUGCUUCCUGCUGUGGCUGAAAUCUGUUCUGAUUUUGAUCCAACGGUUGAUGUUGAACCUUCACUCAUGAAGUUAUUUCGUAACCUAUGGUUCUACAUUGCUCUUUUCGGCUUGGCACCCCCAAUUUUGAGGGCUCCAGUCUCAGUGAAGCCAAAUUCUACAACAUUGAACAAUGGAGGGAAUACAACUGCUGUUGCCCUUCAAGCUGUGGGUGGGCCCUACAUGUGGAAUCCUCAAUGGUCUUCUGCUGUUCAACGCAUUUCUCAAGGGACCCCACCCCUUGUUGUGAGCUCUGUAAAAUGGCUAGAGGACGAAUUAGAACUUAAUGCCCUUCAUAACCCUGGUAGUCGUAGAGGAAAUGGAAAUGAGAAAGCUGCUGUAAAUCAAAGAACAGCUCUUUCAGCUGCAUUAGGAGGGCGUGUUGAGGUUGGAUCAAUGACCACAAUUUCAGGGGUGAAGGCAACUUAUCUUCUUGCAGUGGCAUUUGUGGAAAUUAUACGGUUUAGCAGCAAUGGUGGAAUCCUUAAUCAUGGUCCUAAUUCCACUGCUUCUAGAAGUGCCUUCAGUUGUGUUUUUGAGUAUCUGAAAAGCCCGAAUCUUAUGCCUGCUGUCUUGCAAUGCUUAAUGGCCAUUGUUCAUCGGGCUUUUGAGACUGCAUUAUCAUGGCUGGAGGCUCAAAUAUGUGAGACAGGAGAUGCUGCUGAGGUCAGAGAGUCAACUCUUGCUGUCCAUGCUUGCUUUCUCAUAAAGAGUUUGUCUGUUAGAGAAGAACACAUUCGGGAUGUAUCUGUUAAUCUGUUGUCUCAAUUGAGAGAAAGAUUUCCACAGAUUCUGUGGAAAUCAUCUUGUUUGGAUUCUCUUUUGUUCUCUGUGAAUGGUGAUCCACCUUCAUCUCUCGUGAAUGAUCCUGCUUCAGUAGCUUCUGUUCGCUCUUUGUACCAAAGCGUUGUCAAGGAGUGGAUUGUUGAUUCGCUAUCCUAUGCUCCAUGCACCACCCAAGGUCUUCUUCAGGAGCAACUUUGUAAAGCAAACACAUGGCAAAAAGCACAGCCCACUACAGACGUUGUUUCUCUUUUAUCUGAAAUAAAAAUAGGAACAGGGAAAACGGAUUGUUGGAAGGGUAAAAAAACUGCCAACAUUCCUGCAGUAAUGGCAUCUGCAGCUGCUGCAUCGGGUGGAAAUUUGAAGUCAACAGAGGCGUUUAAUAUUGAGGUUCUUAGCACUGCGAUUGUUAGUGCUACAGUGAAGUGUAAUCAUGCAGGAGAAAUUGCUGGCAUGAAAAGGUUAUAUGAGAACAUAGAUGGUGCAGAUGAUGAUGAUGAUGAUAAGGGCUCUGAAGUUGCACCUAAAAAGCAGUCGUUUGGGGAGAUAUUGCUUAAUAAGUUUGUAAGGCUUCUUCAGAAGUUUGUUUCCAUGGCUGAGAAAGGUGGAAGUGUUGACAAGUCUUCUUUUCGUGAGACGUGUUCACAGGCAACUGCUUUACUACUAUCAAGUCUGGCAUCAGAUGCAAAACCCAAUGCAGAAAGCUUCUCACAACUCCUGCGACUUCUUUGCUGGUGUCCAGCUUAUAUUUCUACACCCGAUGCAAUGGAAACGGUCCUUGCAGAACUUGUUGAUGCAUGGCUAUGGACAAUUGACACCAAACGGGGACUCUUUGCAUCUCAAGUCAGAUUCCAUGGCCCAGCUGCCAAAUUAAGGCCUCAACUUGCACCUGGUGAGCCAGAAUCACCACCUGAAAAGGACCCUGUUCAAGAGAUUCUAGCACAUCGCCUAUGGCUCGGCUUCUUCAUUGAUCGUUUUGAGGUGGUUAGACACAACAGUGUGGAACAACUCUUGCUUCUUGGUAGAAUGUUACAAGGGACUACCAAAUUCCCAUGGAGAUUUUCCCGCCAUCCAGCCGCCACUGGUUCUUUUUUUACUCUCAUGCUGCUUGGACUUAAAUUAUGCUCAUGCCAAUUUCAGGGGAAUUUGCACAAGUUUAAAUUAGGGCUUCAGCUUCUAGAAGAUAGGAUUUACCGGGCUUCAUUAGGCUGGUUUUGCCAUCAACCUGAGUGGUUUGAGACAAAUAAUGGGAAUUUUGCACACAGUGAAGCUCAAUCUGUUCAUUCUUUUGUCCAAUUUUUGUUAAAUCAGCGAAUGGAUGUUCCUCAAAAUGAUUCAAAAGUACAAGGCCAAGAAAAUGGAAAUGCUUUGCUUAAUAUGAAGGAUUCAUAUCACCCUGUUUGGGGAACAAUGGAGAAUUAUGCUGUUGGUAGGGCCCAAAGAAAGCAGCUACUUUUAAUGCUCUGUCAGCAUGAAGCUGAAAGGCUUGAUGUUUGGGCUAUGCCUGUUCCUCUUCCUGGCUCCAAAGAUAUCAUCACACCCUGGAAGCCUAAGAUUAACCCAGAGAAAUGGAUUGAACAUGCAAGAACAGCAUUUGCUGUUGACCCUCGGAUUGCUUUCUCUUUAGGUGCUAGAUUUCCUACAAAUUCUCCUCUAAAAAUGGAACUAACUCACUUGGUUCAGACACAUAUAUUGGAGAUUCGCACCAUACCUGAAGCUUUACCUUACUUUGUGACCCCAAAAGCUGUGGAUGAAGAUUCACCACUUUUGCAACAGUUAACACAUUGGGCUGCUUGUUCAAUCACACAGGCUUUAGAGUAUUUCACACCAGCAUACAAAGGUCACCCACGUGUGAUGGCUUAUAUUCUGAGGGUAUUAGAGUCAUAUCCUCCUUCCCGUGUAACCUUUUUCAUGCCACAGCUGAUUCAAGCUCUAAGAUAUGACGACGAGAAAUUGGUUGAGGGAUACCUGAUUAGAGCUGCUCAAAGAAGUGAUGUAUUCUCUCAUAUUCUCAUUUGGCAUUUACAGGGAGAGACAUGUACACCAGAGCAAGUGGGUAAAGAAGGUGUGUCAGCAAAGACUACAGCCUUUUUGGGUCUACUGCCUCUUGUUAGACAACACAUCAUCGAUGGUUUCAGUCCAAAAGCUCGUGAAAUAUUUCAAAGAGAAUUUGACUUUUUUGAAAAAGUGACGUCUAUAUCUGGUGUUCUUUAUCCUCUUCCAAAAGAAGAAAGAAGAGCUGGCAUAAAGAGAGAGUUGGAAAAGAUUCAAUUGAAUGGGGAUGAUCUUUAUCUACCUACAGCUCCUAAUAAGCUCGUGAAGGGUAUUCAGGUGAAUAGUGGAAUACCGCUACAGUCGGCUGCAAAAGUGCCAAUUAUGAUCACGUUUGAUGUGGCUGAUCGAAACGGGGAUCCUAAUGAUCUAAAACCACAAGCUUGUAUUUUCAAGGUUGGAGAUGACUGCAGACAAGAUGUACUUGCUUUACAAGUGAUUUCGCUUCUGAAAGACAUAUUUGAAGCAGUUGGACUUGAUCUUUAUCUGUUUCCUUAUGGAGUACUUCCAACUGACCCUGAAAGAGGAAUUAUUGAGGUUGUUCCAAACACGCGGAGUAGAAGCCAGAUGGGUGAAACGACAGAUGGUGGAUUAUAUGAAAUAUUCCAACAAGAUUUUGGGGCAGUGGGUUCUCCAAGUUUUGAAGCUGCCCGACAUAAUUUCAUCAUCAGUAGUGCUGGUUACGCUGUUGCAAGUCUCUUGCUCCAACCAAAAGACAGACACAAUGGGAAUCUUUUAUUCGACAGUUGCGGUAGGCUUGUCCAUAUUGAUUUUGGAUUCAUUCUGGAGACAUCACCCGGUGGAAACAUGCGGUUUGAAAGUGCUCAUUUUAAACUGAGUCACGAGAUGACUCAGUUACUUGAUCCCUCUAAAGCCAUGAGAAGCGAGACUUGGAUAUUGUUUGUAAGCUUAUGUGUAAAGGGGUACCUGGCUGCACGUCGAUACAUGGAGGGGAUCAUAAGCACGGUGUUGAUGAUGAAGGAAAGCGGGUUGCCAUGUUUUAGCAGAGGGGACCCGAUUGGGAAUCUGAGAAAGAGAUUUCAUCCGGAAAUGAGCGAAAGAGAAGCUGCAACUUUCAUGAUGCGUGUGUGCGUAGAUGCAUACGAUAAAUGGUCUACUGCUGGAUAUGAUCUCAUUCAAUAUCUUCAGCAAGGGAUCGAGAAGUAAAUUCACUUUCACUUUCCAAGUAAUUAUUUUUCCAUUCUUCUUCUUUUUAGAGAGGCGGUGAGAAGUCAUGAGUUUUUUUAUUAUUAUUAUUAUUAAAAUACUUGUGUAUAAAGUUUGUAGGUGUUUUUUUUUUUUUUUU